GAUUCCAGAUGAGCCGGUCUUAGUCUGGCGGCCGCUGUUUUUGUUUUUGUCAAACUUUCGCCUAAAACAAAAGCAAUUCCAAGCUCCAAACUGAUCCAAUUUAAAUUUAUCUGCCUCAAAUUCUCAAACCCUCUGCCAACCUUCUGAGGGGCUGGCAACACACAGCAAAAAAUCUAUGUAUCAUAUCUACCAGAUUUAUAAAUGAGCGAAGAAGUCCCGAUGGAAACUGACCAAGAAGAAGUUGAAGGACCACAAUCCAUUUCAGAAGAAAUUCCGAGUGACAACCUUGAUGAUGUCGAAACCUUCUCUAAGAUGUCCAAAGAAUUGGAGGUUUCGUGCAAUGUUUUAAUGUCAAGGAAAAAUUUUCUUCUCUCAAAGAUCAUCGCCCUCAGCGCAGACGCUUCUGAAAGGCGGCCAGUGAAAGACGCUGAUGAUUUGCUUCGGUCAGCUUGUGUGCCUGUCCUAGGCAACGAAUAUGUGAAAUCUCUGGUGUUAGGCCAGGCCAUCAACAAACUAAACCACUAUCAAACUUCUUCAGACCUGUAUGGACAGCUAGAAAGUGCCAUUUUUGAAAACAUGGUGGAGUCUUUGAUACAGUUGGAAAAAUUGUCCCAGAAAGUCAGCGAGGCCUCAAAGAAACUACACGCCAAGCGUGUAAAGAAAGAGGAGCUGACCAAGAAAUUUAGGCAGUUGUCCAAUGCCUUUCAGGAGAGACUGAUUGAAGACUCAGAUACCAGGAAGAAGGAAAGUGAUAAGCCCACUCUUGAAGACUUUAAGAAGGAGUACAAGAAGAAAUUCAGCAGGAUUUCAAUGUUCCAAACCAUCAUCACUCUCCUUAUCAGUCGCUCUAAUAUCAACUACCUGAAGCAUCCUGAAUUCAUCACCUUGCUGAAAAAGUGCCACAAAUCUUUUGAUAUUGAAAUCUUGUUAGAAAAACUGAGAGGAGGAGAAUUUCAAGAGGAAUAGCAGAAUUUUGUUUACUAUCCAGUCAAGAAUCUCAGCUUAAUUUGUUAAAAUUUGAUCUGCAGCACAAAUCGAUCUGACUAUGAUAUUUUUGUACGUUAAGUAAAUACGAUAAUAAAUUAAAUAAUUUAAA